AUGUAUCACGAAGCCAUAUGCGAGAGAUCUUUGCAAGAACAAAGGGUCCAAAUUGACGGAUUCAACAUCGCUCUGAUGAAUCUCAAGGGUUACAGUCGUUCUGUCUGUGAUGCCUUCGACAACUUUUAUUCGCAUGCUCAGAAAGAAAUGAGCAAACACGCCACCCUGUUGCAAAGCUUCCCAACAGAUAUGCAGGCUCUGCAUCGGAUACCAAUCCAUGAGUCUAUAGCACCCGAAGAUCAGCAUCUCUCGGAUUACGUUCCGGAAGAUAAGCUCAUCACCUGGGCCGAGAACUGCCGGGUCGCACAUGAUCUGCUCGUCAAGAAGUUGUCGUCGGCUACUGAAAUCAUCAAGACCGUACGCUCUGGGACAGAGGCAGAAAUUAACGCUGCUUUGAGCAUUGACUUGAACCGCCUCGAAAACGAUAUGACAGAAGUCCAGAACGCACGAAGGCGAUUGGAAACGAAGCAUCAACGACUGGAACGAGACAUCUCUAAAGUGGAGGAAGCGAUCGAAGAGAUUCGGUUGUCUUCUUCCAUGGCCCGCGAUAGGAUGACGUCGCUUGAGCAUUUGCAUCAAAUACAUCGCGAUGAAUACCUGCCGAACGUAUCCGAAUCCGAUAUACUGAUACGAAACAAAACAUCGAACAUGCUGGAUUCCAAGCGUCACCUUUCAGAGACGGUGCUCAUGCGCCUCCAAACCAUAUCGAGCAUCCAGUCGAAAAUCGCCACUGUGUCACCAACCAUAAGUGACUUAAGCAACACCCUGAACUCCCACACACAGGCGUUUGCUCAGUUGCUACAUGUACAUAGGAUGCCGGCAGCAUGGGGAGCAACUCUCGCUGAAAUCGUCCGGCGCCGAGAAUUUGUCAGGGUCUUCAUCAGCAAGGCGAGGGAAAUGGCAGACUGUCUCGGAAAGUUUCGGAUUCAGGAGGAAAAGCGACGGGACACCUUCAGAAACGAAAUCGUCAAGUACAUCCCAAAUGGCCUGAUCGAAGGUCUCGACGACAGACCUCCCUACUGCGAGGUUUCCUUGUCAAAUACGAAAGACAAGCUACCUUCUGUCUCUCGGGAAGACCUCAAUGAUUUCGAGAAACUGGUAUCAAGCAUUCAUGCUACCUUGGUCGAAAACGAGCCUGUUGACCCAUCCGCAAGUCAAACGCAUUCGAACCACAGCAUAUCGAAACUCAUGGCGACCAUCGUCAAAAUGUCAACUCAGGUUGAUGCUACUAGCAGCGACUUCGAGCGGAUCCUCGCCAAGACCGGCUUUUCCGACCGCUUGGCACAGCUCGAAGAGGAGAACUCACGUUUACGCACGCAUUUGGCACAUUCUCAACUGGGCAUCCGAUCGACAUCGCUGAGCCGAAGUCCCUCUUCCGGACCGACAGUUGUCGCCGCAUAUGAACAAGAGAUCACCGCAUUACGACAUCGUCUCCUUGAAGCUGACGCUAAAUGCAUCGCGCUCGAGAGGCGAAGCCAUGAGCAGGAAGACACAAGGAAACAACUGCUACAACAAAAUGUGAAGGCUUCCCAGGCAAAUGACGCCGAGUCACAGAAUGUGCUGCAUACUUUAGAGGCCGAAAGGGAUAAGAUGAAGGAGCAGCUCGACCGCGCACAAGCGGACGCUGCUGCAGCUCUGGAACGGCAGGCAGCUAUGCGACAGGAACUUGACAAGGUAUUAAAUCGAGCGUAUCUGUACACAUCCUUGUCUUCUAAGACGUACAAUUUCCUCGAUGAGGUCCGCGAAGGGCUCAAUGAUUGCAGCGCAGCCCUUCAUCGCCCAGCAGUGGAUGCAUCUGGUGAAGCUGUAUCACUUCCUGUUAGUCCAUCAGGAAGAGCAACAGACGACAUCCGUAAAGGCCUGCGUGCAUUGCAGGACGACAUCUUGUGUCAGGCCGCUGAAUUGAGCAAUAUCAGGGAGAUGAUUCAUGAGGAUGAAGAUCGUGAGAAUUCUGAGUCCCUGGAGGGCGAAAUCAUCGCUCUGGCAGCUGAAGUUGCAGAGUUACGGACCAACUCUCAAAUGGCCAAUGCGCAGCUGAGUAUGACGCGUGAGCAGCUCACGUCAACGGAAGCGCGCGAAGCCGUUUUGGAGGCCGACGUCCUCUCGCUGCGAGCCAUUGUGAAGAGAGCUGAAGAGGAUUUUACCACUGCGAAGAACUCUCUAAGAAACAUGGAGGUAGCUCUGGAGGCAAAGAGUCGGGAGACGGAUGAUGUGCAGGCCCAGUUCACCAUGGUUAGGAAAGAGUGGUCCCAGGGGGUGCGCAUGCUGGUAACGAAGCUGGAGAAAGUCCGCGAGCUUCUGCAGGAGGAAGGGGGCGGUGAAGAAGAGGAGUCGUCCUAUGUCAUGCCUGACUCGCCUGGAGCUGGUUUGGGCAUACAUGGCGGCGAAGAGGAACCGUCCAUCUUGUCGUCGCCAAACUCGGCCGUGGAAGAACUGCAAUCAUGUGUCGCAAGCGUCGAGGAAUUGUAUAUCGAGCUCCGGGAAUGGAUGACAGCCCGCGCGCCGCCAGCCACGGAAACAACCGGCACAGAAACUACAGAGGUGCUUACGAUCAGCACUGGUCUCCAAACGGUCGAUAUUGAGACUACAGAUGAGGAAUCGCAAAGCCCCGAGGAUGGUUCGCGGCCAUCAUCCCCAACAGCCGGCCGCGUAGAGUUGGCGAAACUUUUUCAAGUCCACAGCAGGCGAGAUAGCGGUGUCAUCGUUGAGCUGUCAAACCGUCUUUCCGAUCUCUGCAGAUAUUAUGAUGAGCUCGUCUCAUCGAUAUCUGGCGAGAGUCUUCAGCACCAAGUUGUUGUGCAAUGCGAAGCGCUGUCGAAAUCUUAUCAAGGUCUAUCCUUGCUAUUGGAGAAGAUGGACCCUUCUGGGAUGACCGCGCAGGAGGUUCAACAGGCAUUUGACGAUGCAGUAGGGAACGUCCCAUCGGCGAUUCAUCUCAUUCUGGAUGCUGAGAGCGCCAAAGAAAAGGCCCUGGAGAGAUGGAAAGGCGUUAUCGGGGACGAGUUGCCGGCUUUGAAAGCGUCAUAUCAAAAGUCAAUAGCAGCAUUGGCAGACAGGAUCUCCUUUCGCAAUUUCGAAAUCAAUGAUCUGGCAUUAUUCCUACCCACCAAGCAUCCAAAAGCUUGGGCAGCGUUCAACGUCAACGCCCCACACUAUUUCCUGGCUCCCGAGGCCAGCGGGCUGUUCGAAGACCGAAUCAAGAGCCGAGAUUACAUAUUAGCCUACAUAACAGGCAUCCAAGAGUGCAUGGUGAAUCACCGUGAUCCAGGCAGCAAUCCCUUCGGACUGGCGUCCAAUUCCAAGUUCAGAUUUUGCCUAGUUAGACCUUACCAGAAGAUAGAGAAAAGGCGGUGA